GCGUCACUUCCACAUAUGUAAUAGACAAGUUCCGGUUUUUAGGUAAUCAUAACAAACAUGGCGUCGUGCAGGCAGGUCGGCAGGUUGUUGGGAGUUUCAGCAUGGCUUUCGCGUCCUCUUGCAGUCAGUGGAUAUCAGAGAGCCGGAUUACACUGGCCUUCACAUAGCGCAGGACUACCAAACAGAUGGCCACAAAACCCCCAUUGGGUUGUUCCUGGAAGGACGAUGUUUGUGCAGACACAGGACACACCAAAUCCAAACAGCCUAAAGUUUCUGCCCGGUCGUAUAGUUCUUGAAACAGGGACUAUGAAUUUCGCCGGCCCUCGUGACGCACACUGCUCACCCUUAGCCCGACAGCUGUUUAGGAUUGAUGGAGUCAAGAGCGUCUUCCUGGGCCCUGACUUUAUCACCAUAACAAGGACUGAUGAAACUAUGGAAUGGAAAGUUAUCAAGCCUGACGUGUUUGCUGCCAUUAUGGACUUUUUCACUUCUGGACUUCCUGUGGUCAAUGAGGACAGCGCACCUAGUCCAGACACAGCACCAUCAGAUGAUGACGAUGAAGUAGUCGCAAUGAUCAAAGAACUGCUGGAUACUCGAAUAAGGCCAACUGUGCAGGAGGACGGAGGUGAUGUUGUGUAUCGGGGUUUUGAGGACGGCAUUGUUAAACUGAAGCUGCAGGGCUCCUGCACCAGUUGUCCCAGUUCCAUUGUUACUCUGAAGAACGGCAUCCAAAACAUGCUGCAGUUUUACGUCCCCGAAGUUGAAUCAGUGGAGCAGGUGAAGGAUGAGGAUGAGGAGGAGGCUGCCCAAGUCUGAACUGCACUGAAACCCCAUUUACACAUUCCUCGCUCCCUCGGCCACCUCCUCAAUGCAAGCCAUAGUUGCAAUACAGUGAGCUGGUUUGUAUCAUAGCUGUGUGAGAGAACGCAUCAUCAUCAUCAUCAUCAUCAUCAUUCAUCCAGAUGUUAUUAUUGAUUUUGUAGCUAUUAUCUGUACAAUGACAGUAUUUUAAAACAUGGAGACAGAAGAGCGCAGUCAUAGGAACUGACGAUUGUAGAGCUGAAAAAAAUUGUAUUUAUUAUUUCACAUUGCUAUACUUUUUGAAUCAGUCACUAGGCAAAACCGCAUUGAACAGGCUGAAGUUACAUAUACUGUAUGUAUAUUAAUAAAGUUUGUUGAAAUAA